AUAUUGUCAAAAAUCCAAUCGAUCGAAAAGGAAUCCAACUUUCAAAGCAAAAGAAGAGAAGUGAUGAGAUGUUGCGGCCUUCCACCAAUCCCAAAGCCUACCAUCGCCUGUGUCUCCUCUCCUCCUUCCUCCCUCUACCUCCCUCUCCGUCUCCCACGCCUCCUCCCCUCCUCCGCCUCCGCCGCCUCUCCGCCGGCCGCCUGAGGAUCAGGCACCUGAGCGGCGGCGUCCCUCGCUCCGUCGCUAUGGCCUCCUCCAGGCUACGCAGCCUCGUCCCGAUCAACGCUGCACUCUCCGCGGAAAAUGGCGGCGCCACCAACUGCUCUGCUUCUGCCGCGGCAGCUGUCAACUCAUUUGACGAUGAAGAUGGUUCAGUACUGGGAUGUGGGUACUGCCUUCCUCCACCAGAAAUCAGGGACAUUGUCGAUGCCCCACCACUUCCUGCUCUGUCAUUCUCCCCACACCGUGAUAAAAUCCUGUUUCUCAAGCGGAGAGCUUUGCCUCCACUGGCAGAACUCGCUAGACCGGAGGAGAAGCUAGCUGGUAUCCGGAUUGAUGGAAAGUGCAAUACCAGGAGUCGGAUGUCGUUCUACACCGGAAUUGGUAUCCAUCAAUUACUACCUGAUGGUAAACUUGGGUCCGAGAGGGAGGUACACGGCUUUCCUGAUGGUGCAAAGAUAAAUUUUGUCACUUGGUCUAAUGAUGGUAGGCAUUUAGCAUUCAGUAUCCGAGUUGACGAGGAGGACAGUAGUAGUAGUAAGCUUCAGGUGUGGGUUGCUAAUGUGGAAACAGGAAUAGCUAGACCUUUGUUUCAGUCAACUGAGGUCCACCUAAAUGCAAUUUUUGACAAUUUUGUUUGGGUAGAUGACUCUACACUUGUAGUUUGUACAAUACCUUCUGGUCGUGGAGACCCCCCAAAGAAACCCUUGGUCCCUUCUGGUCCAAAGAUACAGUCCAAUGAGCAGAAAAAUGUUGUCCAAGUAAGAACAUUCCAAGAUUUACUAAAGGAUGAGCACGAUGAGGAUUUGUUUGAGUACUACACCACCUCGCAACUUGUUUUGGCUUCACUGGAUGGGAGUGUUAAGGAAAUUGGUCCACCUGCUAUAUAUACAUCAGUGGAUCCCUCCCCAGAUGGGAAGUACCUCAUGAUUAGUUCUAUCCAUAGACCAUAUUCUUUCAUUGUACCUUGUGGAAGAUUUCCAAAGAAGGUUGAUGUGUGGACUGCUGAUGGUAAGUUUGUCAGAGAACUUUGCGAUCUGCCCCUUGCUGAGGACAUUCCCAUUGCAUUCAAUAGUGUACGCCAAGGAAUGCGUUCUAUCCACUGGAGAGCAGAUAAACCUUCCACCUUAUACUGGGCGGAGACGCAAGAUGGUGGUGAUGCGAAAGUUGAAGUUUCUCCCCGUGAUAUAAUCUAUACGCAACCCACUGAGCCUCUUGAAGGGAAAGAGCCGGAAAUUCUACACAAGCUUGAUCUUCGUUAUGGGGGAAUUUCAUGGUGUGAUGAUUCGAUGGCCCUUGUUUAUGAAUCUUGGUACAAAACAAGGAAAACAAGAACAUGGGUGAUAUCUCCCAAUUCUAAGGAUGUUAGUCCACGUAUACUUUUUGAUAGGUCUUCAGAGGAUGUGUACUCCGAUCCUGGCUCUCCUAUGUUUAGGAGAACUCCAGCAGGAACUUACAUCAUUGCAAAAGUAAAGAAGGAAAAUGACGAAGGCACUUAUAUCUUACUCAAUGGAAGCGGUGCUACUCCAGAAGGAAACAUUCCAUUCCUAGAUUUAUUUGAGAUAAAUACAGGCAGCAAGGAACGAAUUUGGCAGAGCGACAAAGAAAAGUAUUAUGAAACGGUGGUUGCUUUAAUGUCCGAUCAAAAUGAGGGGGACAUAUGUAUCAAUCAAUUAAAAAUCUUGACUUCAAAAGAGUCAAAAACUGAAAACACCCAGUAUUAUAUCUUGAGUUGGCCAGACAAAAAAGCAUGCCAAAUCACCGACUUUCCUCAUCCCUAUCCUCAGUUAGCUUCUUUGCAAAAAGAGAUGGUCAGAUAUCAAAGAAAAGAUGGAGUCCAAUUGACUGCAACACUGUAUCUGCCACCAAACUAUGAUCCAUCAAAAGAUGGUCCACUUCCUUGUCUAAUCUGGUCAUAUCCGGGAGAAUUUAAGAGCAAAGACGCUGCAGGACAAGUUCGUGGUUCCCCUAAUGAAUUUGCAGGAAUAGGUCCUACAUCAGCUCUGCUUUGGCUGGCAAGAAGGUUUGCAAUAUUGUCAGGACCAACGAUUCCAAUCAUUGGUGAGGGUGACGAAGAAGCAAAUGAUAGGUAUGUGGAGCAACUGGUUGCCAGUGCAGAAGCUGCUGUAGAGGAAGUUAUAAGACGGGGAGUCGGUCAUCCUAACAAAAUCGCUAUCGGAGGACAUUCAUAUGGGGCAUUCAUGACUGCCAAUCUUCUUGCACAUGCUCCUCAUCUGUUCUGUUGUGGGAUUGCUCGCUCUGGAGCUUACAACAGAACGCUUACUCCUUUCGGAUUUCAGAAUGAGGACAGAACUCUGUGGGAGGCAACUAAUACUUACGUAGAAAUGAGUCCUUUCAUGUCAGCAAAUAAGAUCAAGAAGCCAAUCUUGCUUAUCCAUGGGGAAGAAGAUAAUAAUCCCGGCACACUAACCAUGCAGUCAGACCGCUUCUUCAAUGCUUUAAAAGGUCAUGGGGCUCUAUGUCGCCUUGUGGUUCUUCCUUUUGAGAGCCAUGGCUACUCUGCCAGGGAAAGCAUAAUGCAUGUACUGUGGGAGACUGACCGGUGGUUACAGAAGCAUUGUGUGUCGAAUACUGCUGACGUAAGUGCAGAUCCUGCUCAAAGUGAAAAUGAUGCAGAUAAGGACGCUGCAGAUUCAGAAAAGAAGGCAGCUGCUGCCACCGGCGGUGGGAACCCAGAGCUGGCUGAUUCUGAGCACGAAAAAUCUAAAUGCACACAGAGGUCAUUGUUGUGAGUUUCAAAUUUCCCCGUGAGAUCAAGAUGAAUUAGUACCGAGAGUUGAAAAUGACGUAGUGAACAGUCUGAGACUCUCAAUAGUUGUCUGACUCUUAUGAAGAGUAUCUCGCCUGCAAAUUCUGGCUGAUGAUGGGGACAAAACUGCUCCCGAAGUCCGUAAUUUACAAUAUUGGCCAUCGAGCGGCUCACAAUCAAUUUCUAUCCAGCUGCACACACAUUGUUUGAUCAGACAGUUCUCCACUGGAUCCGUGUUUACACUGCGGCAAAAUUACGUGAUAAGUGGCCUCUUACGCUGUGUAACGCCUGGCGUCUGUAAUUUGCAAUUUAAGACUUCAGUGUACUCUUGUGUGCAAUAAAAUUUGAGCCGCUACAGAAUAAUGAUGUGCACACGAAAUCUUGUAUUCA